AUGGUUAAAACCAAGACGAGUACAUUUUGCCGUAACGAAGAUAACGUUACUGGUUUAUGUAAUCGUCACUCCUGUCCUCUUGCAAAUUCCCAGUAUGCCACGAUUAAAGAGCGCGAUGGUAUAAUAUACCUUUUCGUGAAGGCUCCUGAGCGUGUUCCUUACCCUUCAAAACAGUGGGAGCGCAUCAAACUCAAGAAAAAUGAGGAUCAGGCCAUUGAGCAAAUUAAUGAGCAUCUCCGCUACUGGGAUAGGUGGAUGCGAGCACGAGUGAAAUUGCGGUACCUCCGAACCCGGGACUACCUUAAACAUAUGCGUCGCUUGGCUCUUUCGCGGCAGAAAAAAAUUGAAACGAUAAACAAAAAGUCGGAACGUCGUGAACUAAGACGCGAGGAAAAAGCCCUCCGUGUCGCCAAGUUGUCACGAACAGUAGAAAAUGAGCUACUCGAACGUCUUCGAGCAGCCACUUCCUCCAAGGAGAUUUACAACAUAGACCAGGCUGCUUUUGAAGAAGCUUUAGAAAAUGAGGAGUUGGAAGAGCCCGAAGAGGAGGAAGAGGAAGUAGUUUACACCUCCGCUUCAGAGGUGGAGGAGGAUGAGGAUUUGGAAGACUUCGGUGUAAUACAAGAGAUGGAGGACCAACCGGAAAUGGUCACGGUUAGGACAAACCCGCCACCAUCAUCAUCAAAAAGGCAGAAAGUGACGAUUGUUUAUGAGAAAGACGAUGGCUAA